UAUUUUAUUCUUUGCUACUUAGCUAAAAUUCGUACUUCAUUUGUUGCUGGGAGUCUAAAAUUUUGUUACUUGAAUAACCAAUAUUUAAAAAUCGCCAAUUAUGUGAACCUGCUGGAACAGCUUCGAUCUAUCAGUACGUCUCCAUAUAUCUCCGCCAUCGCAGUAUACCACUAACAUGUUCCCUUGGAGACCUACUCUCACAACGUUCGCCAUGUGCAAUCUUACUCCACAUGAUCUUAACAAUGUCGCCAGCGUUGUGCAUCUUACAUUGCUCAAAGGCUCAUUGAAAUAGUCAACCUUCUCCAGGCUUUCCUCUCGCCACUUCUCCCGAAGAUUCCUUCGCUCAUUACUUGAAAGCUAGAAACCCCAGACCCAACUUCCUGACACCCAAAUUAUUGACCGCAGUAAGAUUCACCAUCUCCGCAAGCCACAUCGCAAGUCGACUCCCAUGAGCUCGCAACCCAGCCUGACCUUCGUCCACUCAGACAUCUCAUCUGCAUCACUCGACUCGUACUUCUCGGACGCUUCCACGCGUGCGCUUCCUCCGUCACCGCGUGAAGGCUCCUUCUACAAUACACUUGCGAAGCCAGACUACAGCCAACUCGCUGCCCAUCUCGAGAACGUCCCUCGACGCCGGCACAGUGUCCCAGAUCUCUUUCAUUCCAGCGAUUCGAUGGUCUCACUGGAGACUACACACCUCGCUGACUCGCGCAGAUCCGCAUCAUCCAUUAUGGUUCAUAUUGCACAGAGCCACAGCACGAUAGGAACGGCAAGUGGAGGGAGUUUGACCCCGCCGGGGCGUAUCCGAAGCGCCGUUUUCAUGGUCAGGAGGAGCUAUGCGAAAGUCAAUUUCCAAGUCUUGAGGAAGAGGGCUUGGGCUGAUGCAUCCCUAGUGAGAUGAGACCUGGAGCUUCUGCUUAGUUGAGUCGCGAAGCUGACGGUAACGAGUUUCUCCUCGCUACACACCACAAAGCAGAAGUAAGACAGGUUGCCGCAUAGCUACGUCUUUGUCCCACUACUCUUAUCUACUCGUGGCCACG